UACAGACAUACUCAGAUUUAUUCAUCUCAUAUUUUUUAAAUAUAAAAGUAAUCAUAUAAUAUGAUUCCGAAAAUAAAUGAGAGUAAAUCUUUGAACUUCUGUACAGAUAAGAAGGCUUGGUGUUACUGUGAAACAUAGGUUUAUGAUGUAUUCAUGUAAACAUCAGUGUUAUGUGUUCAGAUAUCCAUCAGUAUAUAAAGAAGUGUAAUUUAUAUUUUAAAAAAGUAUUAAGCACAAUAAUACAUCCAUACAAAACUUAUUUUAAUGUUGCUACUUUAAUAUAUUUCACUGUAUGUCGUCAUAUCCGUUUAAACAAAGUGAAUUAUAGUAGUAAAGAAUGCUACAUGUCUGAGGAUUCAACAAACACCACUUGUUAUGUUCGUGUAUGUUUCUUAAAUAAAGUUUAUAGAAAAAUAAUCAUGUCGCUGUUGCUAGGAUACGGGACACUUUCCCAGUCUAUGCACUUUCCGCGGCAUGGCGUUGCUAGGAUACAUCAAACUCCGAUGUAUCGAGCUCCCUUGAGUGAGUUUGAAACCGUGUUUAGUCCGUUACAGUCCUUGUUUUAGUCCCUGUAUUAUCCCGGGUUAAGUCUGUGUUUAGUCCGUGUUUAGUACUCGUUUUAGUGCGUGUGUAAAUCCGUGUAUCAGCCCGUAUGAGCCUUUUUUCAAAUCCCUGUUCUAGCCCGGGAUUAGUGCUUGUUUAGCUCGUUUUAGAGCCGCUCGGAGUGCGUUUCUCUCGGGAUGGAGAUCGUUCAUGUUUACUCGAAGCUCCGCGCGGAGUUCGGCCGGCAGUGCCUCUUCUCUGACCGGCCCGCCGAGCUACUGGUGGACGUUCCUCCGGACCCGAGCCUCGCUCAGCACUUCAUCCAGAAAAAACCCCGGGACCAGGCCCUGCAGGCCUGCCUGGACAUGUCCGAGCACCAGGUCAACACGAAACGCUUUGAGUCCGAGAGCCGCGGAAUAAACCACGUGGAGGGGGGGUGGCCCAAAGACAUCAACCCCCACGAGAUGGAACAGACCAUCCGCUUCAGGAAGAAGGUGGAGAAAGACGAGCUCUACGUCACCAGCGUGGUUCAGCUGGGACAGGGCAUGGAGCACUGCAUCAGACAGAACAACGCCGUCGACAUCUACCAGGAGUACCUUGAGGAGGAGGAGGAGGAGGAAGAGGAAAACCAGGUGGCGCCAUCCGCCAAGACCAUCAACGUGUUCAGAGAUCCUAACGAGCUGAAGAGAACUGUCACCGGGCUCUCCUGGCAUCCUGAUGGCGGCAGGAAGUUGGCGGCCGCCUACUCCUGCCUGGAGUUCCAGAAAUCGUCACGAGACCUGAGCGUGGACUCGUACAUCUGGGACGUCGAGAACCCCAACAGACCAGAAAUGACCCUGAGACCGCCCUCCCCCCUCGUCUGUCUGGACUACAACCCCAAAGACCCCCACACCCUAUUGGGAGGCGCCUACAACGGACAGAUCGUGUACUGGGACACCCGGAGAGGAAGCACACCUGUAGAGGUGUCCUCUGUGGAAACAAGCCACCGAGACCCCACCUACAAGAUCCUCUGGGUCCAAUCAAAGACCGGCACUGAUGCCUUCUCCGCCUCCACCGACGGACAGGUGCUGUGGUGGGACGUGCGGAAGCUGAGUGAGCCCACAGACCGGCUGGUUCUUGACCCGAGCAGGGAGGGGAACCUGGACCAGGCUUUAGGGGCCGUCUCUCUGGAGUUUGAGUCCACUAUGCCCACUAAGUUCAUGGUGGGGACGGAGCAAGGUGUGGUCAUCUCCUGUAACAGGAAGGCAAAGACUCCGGCAGAAAAGAUCGUUUGUACGUACGACAGUCAUCACGGACCCGUCUACGCCCUGCAGAGGAACCCCUUCUUCCCGAAAAACUUCCUGACGGUGGGGGAUUGGACGGCUCGCAUCUGGUCUGAAGACAUCAGGGAGUCGUCUAUCAUGUGGACGAGGUAUCAGAUGUCGUACCUCAGUGACGCCUGCUGGAGUCCAGUCAGACCGUCGGUCUUCUUCUCGGUGAAGAUGGAUGGCACGCUGGACGUCUGGGACAUCCUGUUCAAGCAGAACGACCCCACGCUGAGCCUCAAGGUGUGUGAUGAGCCUCUAUACAGCCUGCGUCUCCAGGACAAUGGACGCCUGGUGGCGUGCGGUUCUCAGGGGGGCGGGGCCACACUACUGGAGGUUUGCGCAGGACUUUCGACGCUCCAGAAGAACGAGAAGAGUCUGCUGGCAUCCAUGUUUGAGCGCGAGACGAAGCGGGAGAAGAUCCUGGAGGCGCGGCAGAGAGAGAUCCGUCUGAAGGAGAGGAGCCGCUCGGAGCAGAGCCGCUCGGAGGACGGAGGACGGGAAGAUGGCGAGGAUAGCCCAGAUCAGCUGAUCGCCCGCGCAGAGAAGGACUUCUUCAGCGUGGUGGAGGCAGAAAAAAGGAAGAGGAGGGACCGUGAGGAGCAGAGCAAUGGGGAGGAGAACACCUGUGAAGACAAAAGGGAUAAAGAGGAAACAGAAGAACCUGGAGCCUCACAAGAAUAAAAGCAGUCGGAGAUGAUUUAUUUCUGUUAUUAUUAUAUUGUAAUAUUAUUUUUUUCUGAUCUGUUUGAUUUGAAAGUUUUUAAUGUGAAACGUUCCUGCACAAACUAAACUGAUUUAAAGAGGAGUUCCUGUAACACAAAAAUAAAAUAAAAACAUUUUUUAAAAUUAGAAACAGGAAGAAGAAAGUGUUAAAGUA